CCGUCCCGCGUCAGUGGCCAUGUCGGAUCCACCCACCCACCACCAACACCAGUAGGUGCCCAAUAGCUGCUGCUGCUCGGCGACUUUCGUUUCGGCGGCGGCGGAGGGAGGCGGCAUGAAGAACUUCUUCAGGAAGCUCCACAUCGGGGAGGGGUCCGGGGACGGCGCGUCGUCGCCCGCCCCGCCGCUCCCCCGCAAGGGGAGCGGCGCAGGAGGAGGUGGAGGCGGAGGCGCGGCUCACCAUACCCUCCCCGAGCAGCGGCAGCAGCAGCCGCCCUCGGUGGUGUCCAGCUGGCUCGACUCCGUCCCGACGCGGCCCCCGCCCCCGACGCCCCCGCCCCCCGCGGAGGCGGAGGGGUCGGCGUCCGCGUCGCCGGGUGGGGAGGAUAGGCGGCCAUCGGGGCCGGUGGGCGAGAGGAGGCGCGCGCAGGAGGAGGGAAUGGAGCGGAGGCUCUCGCAGGAGGAGGAGGCGCUGAGGGAGCGGCGGCGAUCGCGGGAGGAGCACGCGGUGGAGGAGCGGGUCAUCAGGGAGUCGUCGGAGGCGGAGGAGAGGAAGCGGGAGAGGGAGAAGGAGGAGGACGACCUCGAGGAGUUCCAGCUGCAGCUCGUGCUGGAGAUGAGCGCCCGGGACAACCCCGAGGAAAUGGAGAUCGAGGUCGCCAAGCAGAUGAGCCUGGGCUUCCGCCGCCCCGCGAGCUCCCUCGCCGAGGUCAUCGCGGCCCGAUACUGGAAUUUCAACGCCCUUGGCUAUGAUGACAAAAUAACAGAUGGCUUUUAUGAUCUCUACGUCAUUGGGAAUGGGCCGGCAUCAAUAAACAUGCCCUCUCUGAGUGAACUGCGAGCACAGCCAGUUUCACAUAAUAGUGUCAACUGGGAAACUGUAUUGGUUCACAGAGGUGAAGAUCCUGAGCUUAUGAAACUUGAGCAGAAGGCCUCAAUCAUUGCUGUUGAACUUCGAUCGAGAAAUUCAGAAUUUGUUGGCAAUGUUUUGAUUCAGAAACUUGCUAAUUUAGUUUCUAACCACAUGGGUGGACUAAUAUUUGAUCCUGAGAACACGUCAAGAAAAUACCAGAAUAUGAUCAGAUCCCUGAGAGCACGUAUUGGAAGUGUAGUUGUGCCUCUUGGCCAAUUAAAAACUGGUCUAGCUCGUCAUCGCGCGCUGCUAUUUAAGGUUUUGGCUGAUAGCCUUCAUAUCCCUUGUCGACUCCUGAAAGGAAGGCAGUACACUGGAUCGGAUGAUGGAGCUUUGAACAUUGUGAAAUAUGACGAUGGAAGGGAGUUCAUCGUUGAUCUCGUGACAGAUCCUGGCACAGUUAUUCCUUCAGAGGGUGCUGUUUUGUCUACAGAAUUUGAAGACAGUUCCUACUCAGAUAAUCAUCAGUUAAGCAAAGCUGAUACGGCCAAUCACUUGGGAUCUUCUCACAGUGGAGUCUCAAAUUCUGCAUGUGAUUCCUUUGAGUAUGAGCUACUUGACAGAAGAUCGACAUCAAGCAACGUUGGUCCUUCUGAUACAGAUGGAGCUGCGACUAGUCAAACAAGAAAUCAACAAAAUACGAUAAGUUCUUUUGAAAAUUUAUCGGUUAGCACAUUCCCAAGUGAAAAUAAACCUGUUAUCAAUGAAAGUAGAGGCACAGAAGAAGCGGUGGCACCAAAGAACAAAGAAAAACCAGUUGGUGCAAAUAAUUCUCUGUCAAGUUCACCUUCUUCCCCAGAAGUGGGCAGCACUACGGGUUUCCGGAGGAUGAAAGUAAAGGAUAUCUCAGAGUACAUGAUUCAUGCUGCCAGGGAAAAUCCACAGUUAGCGCGGAAAAUCCAUGAGGUCUUACUUGAAAAUGGAGUAGUGGCACCGCCUGACUUGUUUUCAGAAGAUUCAAUGGAGGAGCCAAAGGAUCUAAUUGUGUGUGAUGCCACCCUAUUUCAAAGCAAGGAUGAAAUGAAAAGGAGAAUGAAUGAGGUUGGAUCAAGGGAAUAUGCUGAUCGUGGUCAUGGCCCAUCACCGUCUCAUCGUCCUGGGCAUGAACUCCAAUCAAAAGUUGUACCUCACCGGGCACUUCUGGACUCACUUAAACCUAUCGAGGGUUUGGGUAUAUACCACCAUCCGGAUAUCCGUGAUAACACAUCUCCCUAUUUUUCUCAUUAUGAACCUUCGGCACCUCCCCAGGAAACUCCGUCACAGCUCUCAAAGCAAUUGCCUGUCACGGCCGCUGCUGUUGCAACUGCUGCAGUGGUAGCGUCUUCGAUGGUUGUCGCAGCCGCAAAAUCUAACAGUGAUAUGAAAUUUGAUGUGCCCGUUGCAGCUGCAGCCACCGUUACCGCAGCUGCAGUUGUUGCAACAACUGCUGCUGUUAGCAAGCAAUAUGAACACUCGGAGCCUGGUAAUCAGCUACUUAGUUUACCAAGCACAUCUGAACGAAAUGAAUCGGUUGAGAAAGCUGCAGAUGACUUUUGGGAUAAACAGCACACUGAAAUUGGUCAUGGCCAAGAUAAUGCUCUAGAUCAAGAAAGGGAUCCUGCCGAAGUUCCUCGGGAAGCUGAAAGAACCUCAGAUAAAUCAAGCGGGACAGAAAGUGCAAAAUCUGAAGUUACUCUAGACGAUGUUGCAGAGUUUGAGAUGCAGUUGGAAGAAAUUGCAAUCGGGGAACGGAUUGGCCUUGGAUCAUUUGGAGAAGUUUAUAGAGGUGAAUGGCAUGGAACAGAAGUUGCAGUCAAGAAGUUUUUGCAACAAGAUAUUUCGAGCGAUGCUCUGGAUGAAUUUAAAGCUGAGGUGCGAAUAAUGAAGCGGUUACGUCAUCCUAAUGUUGUUCUUUUCAUGGGUGCUAUCACUCGGGUGCCUAAUCUUUCCAUUGUCACCGAAUUUCUUCCAAGAGGUAGCUUGUUCCGGUUGAUUCAUCGACCUAACAACCUGUUGGAUGAAAAGAGGCGGUUAAGAAUGGCACUUGAUGUGGCACGAGGUAUGAAUUAUCUGCAUAAUUGCACACCAGUUAUAGUCCAUAGAGACCUGAAAUCUCCAAAUCUACUGGUUGACAAGAACUGGGUUGUGAAGGUUUGUGAUUUUGGCCUAUCAAGAAUGAAGAACAAUACCUUCCUAUCAUCAAGAUCAACAGCUGGAACAGCGGAGUGGAUGGCACCUGAAGUUUUACGUAAUGAACCAUCAGAUGAGAAAUGCGAUGUCUUUAGUUACGGUGUCAUACUGUGGGAACUUUGUACGCUACAGCAGCCUUGGGAAGGUAUGAACGCAAUGCAAGUCGUUGGAGCAGUUGGGUUUCAGAGUCGCCGCCUUGAUAUUCCAGACAACGUCGACCCCGCCGUAGCAGAGAUCAUAACAAGAUGCUGGCAGACGGACCCAAGGGCGCGGCCUUCAUUCGCGGAGAUCAUGGCUGCAUUAAAACCAUUACUGAAACCCUUGCCCGCGAGCCAAGCACCAAGGCAGAGAGUACAGCAAACAGACGGGUAAAAGUGAAACGAAGAUGAGCAGCUGCCCGGCGUCCAUACCUACAGGAAUUGUUUUUUUGUACAGCUACACCAAAUGCGUGUGCAGAGUAAAGAGCGUGCGUGAUGUUGGUCCGUUUGCUUUCCUGUAAAGAUGUAAGUUCGUCCCAACAGUGGCAUGAGCCGUAUUAAGCCCGCCUGUCAUCGAUCCAUUCACGAAGACGGACACUGUCAGACCAUGUAACAGUUGAACAAGGAACUGACGUGGCGGUUGGAACAGGGGGCUUUGCUCAUACCAUCUCUCCUCUCCUCCCCUCCAUUUCCCUCUUGUGUUUCCACCAAAUGGUGGCUAUAUGUGCCAACACAUGUAAUGUAAUGCUGUCAGGUGUCAGUCAGAACCAAAAGGAAGAAAAAGAUGAAAAGCUUGUUCAGUUUGUGAUC